GGACUGAUGAAGUAAUAACAAUGUUAGUCUAGUCUAGUAGCGUAAGCAGCAACAAUUUUAACCACAAAAUGGCCAAUUUAAGCACAGUGGACGACAUGCCAAACGUGACGGCAAACUUCUCGGACGAAGUCUACCAACACAACGAAAGCUUCUACGAACGACUUUUCUUGGAAUUCUUCACCGUCGUGGGACUCCUGUCGGAAGCCGCCAACAUCAUCUUCAUCAUCACCAUCGCCAAAAACAAGAAGUUGAGGGAAGACGUUUCGAAUGUCAUAUUCUUACACGUGAACAUCAUCCAAGCUAUAUAUUUGUUAGCCACGCCGCUGACUUUUCGAAUUUCGAUGUCGUUUUUUCACGUUUCGCAAAUACAUGCGAUUGUGUUGUGUUUGACUUAUCAAGUCGAGUUUAACAUGAUGUUUGGGAUAACGUGGUUCCACAUUCUUGUAAUUUGUGACUGGUACCUAAAGCUGUACCACGAAGACACGUACCAAAAAUUCUGCCGCAUUUACAAGUUCUUUAUAAUUAUGCUUUACGUGGUGAUGUUGAUGGGUUGUUCGAUUACGGUUCAUUAUUGUCUGAACCACCAAAUGCUCGCGGUGACUUAUAUGUUCAUGUUUAUAGGGGUGCAUCUUUUAGCGACGACUUUAGUGAUUGUGAAUGUGGUCCACUUAUUCAAAAAAAGACGCAUUUUAGGAGGCCGCAAAGGUACCAAUGGGUUGGCUAUCACGAAUAUUUUUUUCAUAUUGUGGAGUGGAGUUCUCGUGCUGUUAUUUUUAGAGUUUAUAGGUUUGAAAAUGUACGCACCUGUUUUUGUUAUAUUUUUGUGUGUGUUAGGGUUUUCUAGUCCGGUGUUUAAUUUAAUCUAUCUUUAUUAUUGCGACGAUUAUUAUAGGAUAUUUUUGCGACAGGUGAUUAAAUGUGAGCGGAAUAGAUACUCGAACGAGGGUUUGGAGAGUCCGGCUGUACGUUAUCAGAACGUAAAUAGUGUGGCAGUUUCUGAAACUUAAUAAAGCCUUUUUUGUCGCAA